CUGCUUCCUCUCGCAAUUCUCUCAACUCCACCGGCGAAUACCUCGACGAGAAGAACAACCACUACGCACCUCCUCACCGCCAAAUAUAAUCUACAUCCCCUUGAGUCUGUCUCCUCUGCCAAGCAUGAAGUUGCUCAUGAAGGUGAGACAGGAAAGGUUUCCCGAGCAAACUUUCGUGAUCGCGAAGGAAGAACUGUCCUUAUAAUGAGGCCUGGGAAGCAGAACACCACAUCUGGAGAAGGUAAUGUCCGUCACUUAGUCUAUUUGUUAGAGAAUGCCAUCCUCAACCUGCCCGAGGGGCAAGAACAGAUGGUGUGGCUGAUAGAUUAUACAGGCUUUUCAAUGAGCACUAGUUUAUCAGUCAGAACAUCCCGAGAUAUUAUCAAUAUUUUGCAGAAAAGACUUGGACUAGCAGUUCUUUACAACCCACCAAGGAUCUUUCAGGCAUUUUGGAGGGCUGUACCUUGUCGUGUAAUGAUGGUUCAGAAGAUAGAUACAAUGGAUGCAUUAUAGAUGUUCAUGCACCAGACGCCAUAAGAAUACUAGCUGGUCGGGGUUGUUUUUUUUGACGAAAAUGCAGCUGGAAGUGUGAAAAGUGUGGCAAUAUAAACUACCCAUUCAAGACUAGGUGCAAUAGGAAAAAUUGUGGAGCUGAUAAGCCAGCUGAGGAAAAUAAAUCACCUUCUCGUCCAGCAGGUUGAGGAUGGCAUAACUGGAUUCCAAAGAAGGAGUUGUCGUCCAUCAUGCUAAGUAUCGGUGUCUGAAAUUCAGUCAUGUCAUCUUCUUCAUAUUGCAGCGGAUCUGUGUCAAGUUAUUUGUAUUAUCUGUUGUGAAGUCUUUUGUGGAUCCUUUUUAUUCUGUCCAGCUAAAUCUGGCAAAGUUUUACCUGAUUAAUAUUGUUAUUAUGAGAUGAGUUUACUCAUCUCGAAGUCAUGUCAA